GUCAAAGUGACACUGACAGUUUUAACAAAAUAAACAGCACAGCAGGAGUAUGGUUUUUACCAAGUUUCAUGUGUUUUUAUCAAAAUAUAAACAUUAAACUACAUGUUUUGUAAAAUAUUCUGCAGUCGACUGAGACUACAAUGGAACCGUUAAAUAAUAUUCUACAAAAACUCGAUGAGUUCAAGGUAAAUAUAUCAAUAUCUGAGAUUCAAGAGCUAAGUUUAGCUUGUAGGGCAACAUUGAAAGAUUUACUGAAUGACACUAAGGCGAUAGCAAAGUCAGAUGUGAUACAAAUUCAAGCAAUACUCGACUACAUGCAUGAGCAAAUAAAUAUUGGGAAUUGGAAAGACGUAAAACCAUUCCUACGAAAAACAAUAACUAUAGCUUCUUAUUUAAAGCUCCUCGCUCAUAUCAAGUUCUCGGAUGAACUUACAGAAAAUAUACUUAGAGAAUCGUUGAAAAUAAUAGAUCAUGGUAUAAUUUUUGGAUGUCCAUUGGAAAAAGAUCCGAGGCUACUUCAUAACUGUGCAUCUUUCCUAAAUGAAAUCUAUGGACAAUCACAUACUGUCAAACCUAUUCAACUACCAAGUAGUCCAAAGACCUCUGUAAAAGAAUACAAUGCUACUCCAUUAGAAAUAUUAGACUGCCCAAGUAUGGAACACUUUUUUAAAAACUAUAUAUUAGCAGAGAAGCCUGUUAUACUAGACAACUGCAUAAAUCAUUGGCCCGCUUUGAAAAAAUGGCAAGAUCAAACAUAUUUGAUUAAGCUAGCUGGAUUGAGAACAGUUGCAAUAGAAAUCGGUAGAGAGUACACAGAAUCUGAUUGGACCCAGAAACUCAUGACAGUUGAAGAAUUUAUAAACAAUCACAUAUAUAAUUCAGAUGGGAGUACAGGGUACUUGGCACAAUAUCAGCUGUUUGAUCAAGUUCCAGAGCUAAAGAAUGAUAUAAGCGAACCAGAAUAUUGUUGUUUUUCCGAUAGCAAUGAUCCCGUGGACAUCAUGGCUUGGUACGGCCCGAAAGGAACUGUGUCUCCUCUUCACCAUGACCCUAAAAGAAACCUGUUGGCCCAAGUGGUGGGUGAAAAGCAGAUUUUCUUAUUUUCACCUGAAGAUUCAGAGUUUUUAUACCCGCAUGAACAUGAAUUACUCAGUAAUACAGCGAGAGUGGAUCCUAGACAACCUAAUAUGGAAAGUUAUCCUAAGUACAAGGAUGCGAAGCCCUAUUUUUGCAUAUUGCGGCCUGGGCAGUUAUUGUAUAUUCCCCCUAAGUGGUGGCAUUUUGUGGAGUCACUGUCCGUUAGUUUUUCAGUUAGCUUUUGGUGGACAUAACAUUAUCAAUAUAAAAACUUGGCUGAAGCUGCACUUGCCAGC